UUAAAUAGACUUUUAAAUAAUUUUUUUCUUACGAAUUCCAUAUACAUAUUAUAGUUAUGUGAUCAACACGAGUUUAGUGUUUAAAUCAAAAUUUUAAAAGAAAAAAAUUAUAUAUAGGUAUACAAAUACUUAUAUUGUCAUAAAAUAAAAGGAUGGAAGAAACAAUUCAAGUUGAGGAUAUUUCAAGCUCAGAGAUACUACAACAGAGAGUAUCAGCAGUAACCGAUGAUGAUUCAGCAACACCAGCAGCAGCAGCAGCAGCACAUGUUGUACCAGUGGUAUACAUUCAACCGAAUAAAAUUCAACAUUCAACCCCUUUAAAUCAGCAGAUACCAUCAUCUACUUUACAAUUAGUAAACUCAACAACAUCAACUGCAACCAUCAUUAACCCCAUUAACGCUCCGAUUGUUACUGCUCAAAAUAAAGUAUUCAUACAAGGCCCACAUACAAUUAGUUUGUCUCCAAAUAAGCAGCAUUAUGUAAUAAGACAACCUAUAACAGCUAGUGUUGUAACUACAACUCCAACUUCUGCUCAAGUACAAAAGCACAUAUUAGUGCGAAAGCCUGCACAAAUUUUGCCAUUAAAUAAAACACCCUCACCACCGCCUCAGCCACCUUUACUUCCGCCAGUUUCACCAAAUAAUCAGAUAAUUAAUCAACAAACUGGAAAACAUAAUAAUAAUUUAUCAUAUAUUAAUACACUUGAUAAAUCCAUAAAGCCACGAGACAAUCGGUCAAUUAUAAUGGAUUCAUCAACAUCAACACCAGCAGUACCACUUUCAAAAACAACAGUAACAGGAAUUGGUUCAACUAACCAGACACUUUUACCAAAACAAAAGUUGGUAAUUGCUCCAGUACCAAUACUGGGCCAAACGACAACGACAACAGCAGUAGGACCACAAGUAAAAAAUGUUACAAAUUUUUUGUUACCAGUAACUAUAUCACAGCAGGGUAUCACAGAAUCUUCAAAACAACAAAGCGUAUUUAAUCUUAAAGUGACCAGUGGCAAAGUCAAUAGUAGUGUAGAGAUUAGUAAUAACAAUAAUAACAACAGCAAUACCACUAGCAGCAGCAGCAACAGCAACAGCAACACUAGCAAAGGAGCUAUAACAGUAUUACGAGAAUCUUCUAAGUCAACAUCGUCAAAUAAUCCUCCACCUCUUCAUCCAAUAAAAAAAAUAAGUCUAUUCAAUAAAAGUACUGAAAUUAAUGUCAGUUCAUCAACAUCAACAUCAACAUCAUCAUCAUCAUCAUCAUCAUCAUCAUCAUCACCACCAACGUCAGAUGGGAUUAAAAUAACCGAAAAUCCAGACUCAGCGGUCAUUACACCAAUACCGAAUAAUAAUGAUAGUAAUAAAAUUGAUGAAAGCCAUACUGAAAAAAGAAAAAAAACAAUUAGUAAUAUUUUAUUACGAGGCUCAGGGGUAACUACUGAGAAAAGGCCAAAAAAACAAAAUCUUUCAAAAACAAGAGAAUGCCCUGAAGACAGUGAAAUAAUUGAUCAAUUAAAUAGUCCGCAGUUAUUGGGAAAAAAUAUACGAGAUAAAAAACCGUCUCAAAAUGACGAUGAUAUAACUUUAAUUAAAGUUGUCACAAGUCAAAUAGGAAAAUCUAAUAAAAAUAAUAAUAUUAGUAACGGUAAUAUCAAUAGCAAUACUAAUAGCAAAAAUGAUAAUAGUUUCACCGAUACUGCUACAACAGAUGAUGAUAUUAAAAUUGAAAUGAUUAAAUCUUCAAGUAAUGUUAAUUCAAAUAUGACAAAUGGUGAUAAACAAAAUAUUAAAUCCAACAGUCACACCGAAGAACUUAAUGGUAAUAAUACUCAAUAUCACAAUAAUAAUAAUAAUAACAAUAAUAAUAAUAAUAAUACCAAUAAUAAUAAUAAUAAUAAUAAUCAUCGUCAUCAUCACAACGAUCCAAAUUUUGACGUAAACAAAGCUUUGGAAUGGAAAGAUGGUGUUGGAAGUUUACCUGGAAGUACCCUUAAGUUUUGCAUUAACGAGUUUGGGCUAAUGGAAGUCGUUGAUGAAGAUAACUCCAAACAAGAUAAACACAACAACAUCGGUGAUAAGGAAAAUGUCUGUUUAUCACCCCAAAAUUCUUUGAAACCAGCACCAGCAAUUACCGUAACCACUGUUACCACCGAAAAGAAAAGUGAAGAUAAGAAAAGUCGUACUGCUGUAUCCUUUGCACCUUCAAAUGACACCCUAUACUGUUGUGAAAGUUGUGGUUGUUAUGGACUGGCCGCCGAAUUUGAAAGUCCAAUAUCUUGUAGUCCAGCGUGCUCUGAAAUUAUAGAAGAUAAUAAACAAAUUCAACUACGUCGAGAAAAGGAAGCUAGAGAUUUAAAAGCAAAAAGAAAGCGAAAAAAAUUAUUGCAAGAAAAAACAGCAAAAGCACUGCAACAGCAACAACAAGAAAAAGAACAAGAACAAGAACAAGGACAGGAAGAACAAGAACAACAAGAUAAACAGAAAGAUGACAAAAAGGAACCGAUUGAAAUAAAACAUGAUCCUCCACUACUGACGCCAAAGAUUGAAUCAGAUGAUGAUACAUCUAUUAAUAACUUGGAUGAAACAAGUCGACAAAGUGGUAGUAACGUCAGUAAUGAACCGGCAUCAGAACCAAAGUAUCCUUGGCAAACAGGAAAACACGGUUUUUCAUGGGCUAAAUAUUUGGAGUACACUAAAGCAAAGCCAGCACCACUUAAACUAUUUAGAGAUCCAUUCCCGUAUGGAAAAAAUUUGUUCAGAGUCGGUAUGAAGCUCGAAGGAAUUGAUCCUGAACAUCCUUCGCGUUACUGUGUACUAACAGUAUUCGAAGUAGUUGGUUAUCGAGUACGUUUGCAUUUUGAUGGAUAUCCUGAAAAUUUUGAUUUUUGGGUAAAUGCUGACAGUAUGGAUAUUUUUCCGGUUGGUUGGUCGGAAAAACACGGACAUCGAUUAAAUCCACCAAAAGGAUACGUUCCAAGUAAUUUUAAUUGGAAUGCUUAUCUUAAGACUUGUAAAGCAACUCCAGCACCAAAAAUUGCUUUUGCGAAUCAUAAAAGUACGGUGUUUGCACCAGUUGGAUUCCGAGUUGGAAUGAAGUUAGAAGCAGUAGAUAGAAAGCACUCGCCUUCGGUCUGCGUCGCAAGUAUAGCUGGUGUUAUGGAUUCACGAAUUCUUGUGCACUUUGAUUCUUGGGAUGAAGUCUACGAUUAUUGGGCUUAUCCAAAUUCACCUUAUAUUCAUCCUGUAGGAUGGUGUCAUCAGUAUGGACACAGUCUUACGCCACCAAACCAUUACAAAGACUCUAAAUCAUUUACUUGGGAUGCAUAUUUACGAGAGACACGCUCGGUUGCGGCACCUGCUAGAGCUUUUAAGCAAAGAGCUCCUUUAGGUUUUAAACGAGGAAUGAAAUUGGAAGCAGUUGAUCGACGUGUUCCACAAUUAAUUCGAGUAGCAACAAUUGAAGAUGUCAAAGACCAUAUGGUAAAAAUUCGCUUUGAUGGAUGGCAAGAGAGUUAUUCUUACUGGAUUGAUGAUGAUUCACCAGAUAUACAUCCAAUGACUUGGUGCUCAAAAACUGGACAUCCAUUAGAACCUCCUUUAACUCCAGAAUUGCUUAAUGAACGCACAGAAUGUGGUACUCCUGGUUGCCGAGGUAUCGGCCACGUCAAAGGACCUAAAUUCGCUACACAUAAUUCAGCAUCAGGUUGUCCUUACUCUGCUCAAAAUUUACAUAAAAUUCGAAUGGUAUCCGAUCGUCUCAAUGUUAAGCAUGAAAUUUGUGAUUAUGAUGAAGAUUCACCGUCAUCACCAUCGUAUGACAUAAUACUGAAAAUUGAAAAAUCAGAAAAAAUUAAAACCUCUGGGGACAAAUCGGGAAAACAUUCUCCAAUAAAUUGCAAACCAUUGAAAUUAGAGAAGGAUAUAAAACUCGAGGAUUAUGAAAAUGAUGAAUCUGAUCAACGUUUGGAAACAUCAGAGAGAUCGAAAAAAUUUUCUAAGCACAAUUAUCAUCACAGUGAUGCAGGACAGACUGAUGAUGACGAUGUGGCACCACCACCUGCAAGAAAACGCCGUAAAAAACGGCAUGUUUCUGAAGAACCUAAUUUUUCAUUGCCUGUUACGGAUACAACCACACCAGGGACACCUGCUCCAACUGCAAAUUUAUAUUGCUCCAAUAAUAUUCCGGACAAGCAACUUCGUACUGAAAUUUAUCAAUCUGUCUACAAUCCUGGAUACAAUCCUCUACCAGAUGCUCCACACAUAUGGGCUAAACACAGUAAUGCUUUGAAUCGUGUAGUCGCUAAACAGAAUACCAAUCCUCGAAGAUGGUCCAAUGAAGAAGUAAUUAAGUUUAUUGCAAGUGUUCCCAAUUGCAAAGAAGUAGGCAGCAUUUUCCGUAAACAUAGUAUCGAUGGUGAAGCAUUUUUAAUGUUGACACAAGAAGAUCUGGUAUCACUCUUAGGUCUACGACUGGGCCCAGCCAUAAAAUUAUAUAACAGUAUUGUAUUAUUACGUCGAAAAGCAACGUGAAGAAAAAUUGUGUUUUUUUUUUUUUAAUAUUUUUUUUUAUCAUUAUCUCAUGAGCCUUGAUCGCGUUCAUUAUUAAUAUUAAUAUUAUUAUAUAUUUCAUUUAGUGUUUAAUAAGUUAAUAUUAAUUACAUUAAUGUGACACACGUUGUGAUUAUCAUUCACAUUUAAUUAUUAUUAUUAUUAUUACUGUACAAAUGUACAUAUUUAUAUAUAUAUAUAUAUACAUAUUCCCAUACUUAAUAGAUUUAACUAGCUAUGUAAAUGUGUCCUACAAUAU